AGAAACAAGGGAUCGUCAGCUGCAGUUGUCUCUGGGCCGAGAUUUGUAGUUGCUUUCCUUUCCUUUUUGUUUCUGUUUUUCCCCAGUUUUCUUUAAUAACAAUAGCAAACAUCAAUUGAGCUCAUAGAAUGUGCCAGCUAUUGUUCUGAUAACUUUUUAUAACUCUUCUAAAUUCCUACAGUAAACCUACAGGGUAGAUCCUACUGUAUUACCAUUUAAGAGAAGAAGAAACUGAGCACAGAGGGGUUAAGUCACAUGUCCCAAGCUACACAGGGCGCCAUCAGCGGGACGCUCAGCUGGAAUCCAGGCCGCCUGGUUCCAGAGUGCAGGGUGCAGUCGCCACCCAUUCACGUCUCUCCGCAGAGUGCUGUUAUAUUUUUUUGCACAAGUGCUUCUCUGUGCCGGGGUGUCAUGGAAGGGCUGCUGACAAGAUUCAGAGCACUGGCCACCUGCAGCCACCAGCUCUCCAGGAAUGUUUCCUGCAGGUUUCACCACUGUGCCCCAGGGAGAGGGAAGCGCGUGGUGAUGUCCCGAGUGUUCCAGCCCCAGAACCUUCGGGAAGACCAGGUGCUCUCCCUGGAGGACAGAUCUGGUGACCUGACCUGUAAGAGCCAGCGGCUGAUGCUGCAGGUCGGCCUGAUCCACCCCGCCAGCUCUGGCUGUUACCACCUCCUGCCGUACACCGUCCGUGCCAUGGAGAAGCUGGUGCGGGUCAUAGACCAGGAGAUGCAGGGCAUUGGGGGGCAGAAGGUCAACAUGCCCAGUCUCAGCCCGGCAGAGCUCUGGCGAGCCACCAACCGGUGGGACUUGAUGGGCAAGGAGCUGCUACGACUUAGAGACAGACACGGCAAGGAAUACUGCUUAGGCCCAACUCACGAGGAAGCCAUCACAGCGAUGGUCGCCUCCCAGAAGACACUGUCCUACAAGCAGCUUCCGUUCCUGCUGUACCAGGUGACAAGGAAGUUUCGGGAUGAGCCCAGGCCCCGCUUUGGUCUUCUCCGUGGCCGAGAGUUUUACAUGAAGGACAUGUACACCUUUGACUGCUCCCCAGAGGCCGCCCGGCAGACCUACAGCCUGGUGUGUGAGGCCUAUGACAGCCUGUUUGACCGGCUGGGGCUGCGCUGUGUCAAGGUCCAGGCCGACGUGGGUAGCAUCGGGGGCACGAUGUCUCAUGAGUUCCAGCUGCCCGUGGAUGUCGGAGAGGACCGGUUUGUAGUCUGUCACAGCUGCAGCUUCUCAGCCAACCUGGAGACACUAGACUUGUCACAAAAGAACUGCCCUGCUUGCCAGGGACCACUGACCGAAACCAAAGGCAUCGAGGUGGGGCACACGUUUUACCUGGGCACCAAGUACUCCUCCGUUUUCAAUGCCCAGUUUAUCAACGUCCACGGCAAACCGUCCCUGGCUGAAAUGGGGUGCUAUGGCUUGGGGGUGACGCGGAUCUUGGCGGCUGCCAUCGAGGUGCUCUCCACAGAAGACUGCAUUCGCUGGCCCGGCCUUCUGGCCCCUUACCAAGUCUGCCUCAUCCCCCCAAAGAAGGGCAGUAGGGAGGAGGUGGCCGUGGAGCUCACAGGGCACCUGUACGACCACAUCACAGAGGCGGUGCCACAGCUGCGAGGGGAUAUCCUGCUGGACGACAGGACCCACCUGACCAUUGGAAACAGACUGAAGGACGCCAACAAAUUUGGCUACCCCUUUGUGAUCAUCGCUGGCAAGAGGGCCCUGGAGGACCCCGCCCACUUUGAGGUUUGGUGCCAGAACACUGGGGAGGUGGUCUUCCUCACCACAGAAGGAGUCGUGGAAUUACUGAGCCAAGUACAGGUUGUCUAGAUGCCCCCAGCCCACCCCUGUCCCAUCUCUCAGCCUUGGAGUUCAUUCUAACGCUGCCUUUUCCUUUGCUCCUUUCUGGGCCUCAUCUCUGCAGAAACAGGGAAGCUCAUGGAAGGUGAGAAUAUGGUAGGGAAACCGAUUUUUACCCAGUAGUUUGUUCAAACUAUUUGUAUUUAAAGUCGUUAACUUGGCCCCUUUCUCUGGACCCGCCAUACUGCCAUAUACCAUUCCUCUUAUAUUCCGGUGUGGAAGCUUUUGGUAGGAGGCAGAGAGGCAAGAAAGAGCAGAGUUCUCGUCUUGGCCCUCGGGAGAGUCACUUCCCUUCUCUCAGCUGAGUUUUCCAUGUGUAGCAUGGGAGUGGCUGAUGGCCAGGGCCCUUCCAGCUCCGACAGCCUGGCCACAAGCCACUCGCUGCAUACGGCCUGGGAGCAGGCUCACCAGCCUCCUCCACUUGGACAUGUUGUCUCCCCUGCCGGGGCCUGUUUACCCACCUGUGACAUGAGAAGAUGGAACUAGAUCUGUAGAUUUCUUAAGAGACGUCUGUCACGGGCUGGUUCCAUGAGCAGUUCAUGGUUCCUCGGAUCCUCCUUAGUCUAAGCUACACAGAAAGUUGAAAUAAUCAGCUAAUGGCCCCCAAUCCACCCCCCAAGACCUGGCUCUAUUUCGGUGGCUUUGCGCUGAGAUUGUGUUGGAUCAAUUGAAUAAAGUCAAACUAUUGGGACGAGCUUUGCAUGUUCAUUUGAAACAACGGUGACACCUGCCAUCUAAAUAGUGUAGUGACUUCCAGUCUUGAGACUUUCUUUUCUACCAUUUCUACACUCCACUCGGGAAAAAAAAAUGGGUGGCUGGGAAAGUGUCCUAAACAUUUCUUUCCACAAGUAUUAGGUAUAACAGACUUCAAGUGCCACGGUGACCUUGUCCUCAGUGCAGAGUUGGAUCCUAGAGUCACAACAGGGCUGAAUAUUAAGGUCUCUGCCUGAAUUAUGUGGAAACCUAGGAGCAGACUUGAGCCACCACUGCAGUGUCACCUGCUUCCAUUGCUCCUGUUCACCAGAUUAGGGUCUCGACAUGGCCAAAUCUAACAGGAAUUUAUCGAGGGCAAGCUGAAAGCCACCACGUCUGGAAAACAUGCCUGACAGCUCCUGGAAGUGGUUUUCCCUCUGGCUCCCCAGUGCUCUCCUGUUCGGCCCGGAUGGCUUUGUCCUUGUUUGGUGGGCCAGCCUCUUGUAGUUGAUGGUCAGCUCCCUAUGGCCAGGGUCCUAGGCUGAUUCCUAGUGCCCUGCAGUCCUGUCUUGGCCAGUUGUUCCACUUGCCACACAGCUGCCCGGCAGCUUGUUACUGCCACUGCUGUUACUGCAGAGGAACCCCACCACCAAGCACGCACCAGCAGGUUUCCUAAUGAAUGCGUAUGCCAACCCCUAAUGACUCCCAGGCCUACCCCUGGAGCUUGGGGCCCAGCAUGCAAGCCAGGGAAUGUGGAGUCUGAGAGCAGACCAAGAAAGGCUGGACUGUGAGGCAGGUGAGCUUACCCUUGGCUGCACUUUGGAAUCACCUGGUUCCCACUCAGAGGUUCUGUUAUGGUCUGGAGUGUGGCCAGGUGUCGGGGAUUUUAAAGCUCUCUGGAUAAUUCUAAUUAUGUGUAAAGUGAUUGAGAGCUCUUGAUAUGCAGGUAGUUGCCUUCUCUGAGCCCACUUUGUAGCUCAGCAUUUCUUUGUGUAAUUUCGGUUGUAUAUUAUCAGACUGAUGUGAACUCUCUGCUUUUAAUAACCUGGUUGUGUAUGAGUGUGAGUAACAUCAAGGUGAUGUUAAUUGUGUUUUUUGUCCUUGAUGGAAUUGUGUGAGCUGAGUUUGUACCCAGGAACACUAUGGUGAACUCUGAAUAUUAUAAGGGCUUAUUCAAGCAUUUAAGAUAUGAUGUGCAUAGAAAAUGGCCUGAGAAAUGGGCCAAGUUUCAUCCUCCAUCAUGACAACACUCCAUGUCAUACAUCGCUUUUGGUAUAUAGCAGUUUCUGUCAAAUAAAAAUGUUACGAUGUGUCCUAAUCCACCUUAUUCACUGGAUCUGGCACCGUGCGACUUCUGGCUCUUCCCCAAAGCCAAAACGACCGUGAAAGGAAAACGUUUUGAAUCAAUUCAGGACAUCGAGGCAGCAACAACAGUGCAACUAGACACUCACCAAAGAGGACUUCCAGAACUGCUUCAGAAAGUGGCAAGCACAAAGGCAUAAGUGUGUUUGAAGCGAGGGGGAGUGUUUUGAGGGGGAUUGAUGGCAAUGUGUCUUUCACUGUAAUACAUUUUAUUUAAACAUUCACCAUAUUUUUUUAUCACACCUUGUAUAUAUAAACUUUGUAAGUGAUAUGGCAGGACUUCUUAAUUUUUAUAGUUAAAACAACCAUAGGCUUUAUGUUAGAGACCUGUUGAUGCCUUUGGAGAUUUUUAAAUAGAUAACAAACCA